CCAAGGGGAAACCUUAUACAUUUUCAAGCCAAGCCGUUCGCUUCCCGAAGUCAGGGAUUUCUCAUAGUCAAACCUAGCAUGGUUCGAUAGAGGAACAUACAGCUAGUAUGAAAACCGCUGCCUCUCUGGGGCCCCAGGGCCCUAAUGGGCGCGUCUCCUAUACUAGCCCGUUGAAUCCAUAUUUGUCUACGAGCCUCGGGACUAUGGCCAGUAGCGGGGGACAAUUGUCCAUGUUUUCGGCUCGGCAAGUCUUUCCUGAAAGCAGUCAGCCGGCACGGCUUCCUGCAAUGAUCCAGCCUACCAAAGUGUAUGCCACUGGGCUUGUAAAUGCGAAUGGUGCCUUGGCCUCGACCGCCGCGGCACCGACCUUUAAUGGCAGUGCAAUGCAGCCUCCUGUUUUGGAAAGCACGAGUCCUUCGCAGAGGUCGAACGGACAAUUUGCGACUACUGCUACUACUCCCGCUGCCAGCACUGCAACCACACUACAUGCAUCCAAUGGUACGACUGUACCGCGCGAUCAUCUCAAUGGAUCAACAACGGGCUCAUACUCUUCAAGCCUCUCAUCCGGUGCUAGCCAAUCAACGUCUGACUCGCCGUCCACAACACUGACCGGCGCUCUAUCCUCGGGUUCUGCUUCGAUUUCAACCGAACCCAAGGACCGUCCGCAUCGCAUUCCGGUUCCCAUAAAGUAUCGCCCGCGAUCGUCGAUUCCGCCGAGGAUGCCUGCGGCAGUAUAUGCUCAGCAGUGCGUUGAAGCAGCGUAUGCCUCUCGACUCAAUCCUUACUCCCUACACAAGAAGGAGCAGGAUGCGCUUCAGGACCAUCUGUGUCAUCUUCAAGUCACUGUGUAUCUGAACAUUCGAAAUGGGAUUUUACGCUUGUGGACACGAAACCCAAUGGUGAGCGUUUCCAAAGAGGAAGCACUGGGAUGUACGAAAGACUAUCGCUGGGUGAAUCUUGCCUCAUUCGCUUAUGAAUGGCUCAUCAGGAAUGGAUAUAUCAAUUUUGGCUGUGUGGAGAUUCCCGCCGCCCUGGUAACCCCCAGAAAGGGUCGUCAGAGGGAUGGCCCGGUAAUUGUGGUUAUUGGAGCAGGUGUGGCAGGCUUGAGCUGUGCGCGACAAUUGGAGGGACUAUUUCGCCAUUACCAUGAUGCCGACUCGUCUCCACGGGUGGUUGUCCUGGAAGGGAGGCGAAGGAUUGGCGGUCGUAUUUAUUCGCAUCCGCUACGCAGCCUGCAGUCCUCGAAAUUGGCUCCAGGUCUGGUGCCGAAAGCCGAAAUGGGCGCACAGAUCAUCGUGGGGUUUGAGCAUGGCAAUCCGUUGGAUCAGAUCGUUCGCGGCCAGCUGGCUCUCCCCUAUCAUCUGUUACGUGACAUAUCAACGAUCUAUGAUAUCGAUGGCUCUGCGGUAGACGAAGCCCGAGACGCAACGGCCGAGAUGCUCUACAACGAUGUUCUGGAUCGUUCGGGGUUCUAUCGUCACAAAUCCGUGAUUGUCCCGACGGCGGAAGGUGAGCGAGACUUGAUCGAUAACGGUCGUGACAUCGUGACCAACGAUGGCCUAACCGUCCGGCAAUAUGAAGAGGCCAGGGCUGCCGGUACGAUUGGGCUAUUGUUUCCUGCCAAAAAAAUCCGUAGAGGUGUGGGUCACAAGACAGCAGAAAUCAAACCAGUCGGUGCCCCUUCAGCAAACGCGGACAGUAACGAAGAGAACCCAACCAAGCUCGCUUGUCAGACGAUGGGCUGGAGCCUGAAACCCGGGGUCUCAGAUACUGAAAUGAUUAAUCUAGAUCCCAUAGCCAAGGCCUCCCGGAAUCAAACCCUGGGGGCCGUCUUAGAUGAGGGUGUCCGGCAAUACCAGCACAUGCUGCCGCUGACACCGAAGGAUAUGCGAUUGAUGAACUGGCAUAUGGCCAAUCUAGAAUACGCAAAUGCAGCCAACGUCGGCAAGCUCAGUCUUUCGGGGUGGGACCAGGAUAUGGGCAAUGAGUUCGAAGGGGAGCACUCGCAGGUCAUUGGCGGAUACCAGCAGCUUCCGUAUGGGCUGUGGUCAUUGCCAACCAAGCUUGACUUACAUCCAAACAAAGUCGUUUGCAGGAUCUCUUAUGAUCAGACUGGCCGCGGCAAACAGAAAGCCCACAUCCAGUGUGAAGACGGUGAGAGCUUCAUGGCGGACAAAGUCGUUUUCACAGGAUCCCUGGGUGUUCUCAAGCACCGAAGCAUCCAAUUCUCCCCUCCUCUUCCCGAGUGGAAACUGGGGGCAAUCGACCGGCUAGGUUUCGGGGUCAUGAACAAGGUGAUUCUUGUAUUCGACCAACCCUUCUGGGACACGGAACGUGACAUGUUUGGUCUGUUACGCGAGCCCCAGAACCGCGACAGCAUGAGACAAGAAGACUAUUCCGCCAAUCGAGGUCGGUUCUACCUCUUCUGGAACUGCAUGCGAACGACCGGUCUGCCUGUGCUUAUAGCCCUGAUGGCCGGUGACGCCGCUCACCAAGCCGAAUGCACUCCAGACGCCGAGAUCAUCGCCGAGGUGACCAGCCAGCUCCGCAAUGUUUUCAAGCACGUUGCUGUCCCGGACCCUCUAGAGACGAUCAUCACUCGCUGGGCCAGUGACAAGUUCACUCGCGGAAGCUAUUCCUUCGUCGCCGCCCACUCCCUUCCCGGCGACUACGAUCUCAUGGCCCAGUCGAUCGGCAACCUGCACUUUGCCGGCGAAGCCACCUGUGCCACCCACCCUGCCACCGUGCACGGUGCCUAUCUGUCAGGUCUACGCGCAGCCUCAGAAAUCAUCGACAGCGUUCUCGGGCCUAUCGAAAUCACCACCCCUCUUGUGCCAGAAAAGGGCUCCAAGGUCGUCCCAACGGGUGACUCCCUUCUCGCUCCGUCUCCGUCAACGACAACAACCGCAAACACCGGCCAAAAGCGCAAACAACAGCAUCAUCCUUCAUCCACCACCACCACCACCACCACCUCCUCCAUCCACCCACUCCUCCCCAACCAACAACCCGCUACCACCCCAAACGACCCCAACCCCUCCCCGGAGUCCCUCCACCACGCCGCCUACGACAAGGCGAUGUGGGCCGCCGUCACCGCCGAAAUCGGUGCGCCCGUGCCCCAUCCCGCGCGCGCCGCCCUCAACCCGUUCCUCCUCUACCAGAAGGACGUCUGGGCCCGGUGCCGCGCCCAGUGCGACGCAGCCCGGCGCGCGGCCACCAACGACCCCAGCGCCAAAGCGGGCCGCGACGAGAUCCGCCAGGCGCUGGGCCGGAUGUGGCGCCAGGCCGACCCGGCCGAGAAGCGGCCCUACCUCCAGCAGAUCGAGGUGAACCGGCAGACCAACGCGGCGGUCAUGGAGCAGUGGCGUCGCGAAGCCGCCGAGUGGGAGAAACGCGCCCUGCAGGUUCGGGAGCGGUGGUGUCGGGAGCAUCCGUUUGACGGGUGGGUGGCGGAGCGAGAGUUGGAUCUUCGUUUGGGGGAUGCUGCUGCGGGUGGAAUUUCGAAUGGUACUGGUGGUGGUGGUGCGGCCAGUGUGGUGGUGCGGCCAGUGGUGGUGCGGCCAGUGGUGAUGUGCUUGCAGGGGUAAUGCAGAAUGGCACCGGCAACAACACCAGCAACACCACCACCAGCAGCGUGGCCAACAGCACUCCCGUAUCGUAUGCCGGGAGCUCUCUUACAUCUAUACAAGCUAUUUCCCUUCUGCUCAGCAACAGCGG